UUCCCACUGUUUUGCAUACCUACCAAUUAUUUAUCUCGAUCAAACUCGAUUCCUGAUUCUCGUCUAGUCUCUCCUUAUUACGUUUACGAAUAAAAAUAUAGUAACUACCUUAUCUUUAUUCAAUGUAUUUAUAUAUUCGGUUAUAAGGUGUUUCUGAUUGAAGCUAUAUUGUGUGAUAAUUUUGUGAUACUAGAGUAAAUUAAAGCCGUGACCAACAUAUAAGUUCCUUCCGUUUGUGACUAAUCGUGUCCUCAGAAGCCUAAUGUAGAAUAAUGACAUAUCAAAGGUUAUUUUUGAUAUAGAUACUUGUUAGAACGCCCGAAUUUUAUAUUUGUGAUGUCCGACGGCGACCCGUCCCUAGAAGAAGACAUCCCGAAACCUUUGUUGGAGCGGCCGGACGAAAAUGUGUUCACACCAAAGAUAGCUACGCCGAUAUUCGCUGGCAGCGUAAAGCUUCAUCAUAAGCUUUCAGACUCUGCUGAGACUGAGUCGUUCUUAUCAGACGCUCAACGGAAUGACCUCGCCUUCCAGCAACUGUUCCAAAAUGGAGAUGAGGAGCUUCACGAAAAGGAGAAGGAGACGGAAGAGAGGAACGCCGAUUUGCAUGCGAUGUCGGUGUUGAGCACGUAUCAGGACAAUCUCUCGCAGGACAUGAACACGGAUCGGGAUGGAAGCGAAGCAUCAACAAGAACUGCCGAGGAUUGCGGAUGUGGCGUCCAACCUACAUCAAUUGAUUCAGCCAACAAUAAUGGCAAACCUGCCAACCACUGCUCAAUAGUAAUGGGGGGUAUCCUGAACAAUCCAUCGCUGACGUUCAACGAUGGGGUGCGUUCAGUGGACUUCGUGUUGGUGUGGGAGGCGCACAAUGACGACGCCACCACCCGAGAGGCGUUCGAGCAGAGAAGGAUAUUCGAGCAGAAUCUGGAGAAUGAAGGGCUGCAACUGGAGAGAGAGGCCCCGGAGAAUCUACAUGGGUUGAACUUUAUUAAGAUCCAUGCACCAUUAGCUGUACUUAGGGAUUAUAGUGAAAUAUUGAAACUUAGGAUGCCGAUGAAGGAUUGCAGUAAAAUACGGAAAAGUGGGCGGACGAAUGCGAUACUGAGCGCUGCCUUGUAUAUGUCUAAGUUUUCAGUGUUAAAAGACGCACCAGAAAAGACAAACUCGUUCCUAGAUAGCAUAGAUGCAUGUUGGGACAGCUUCAUGUCGAAAAUCCGGGUGGAUCCCAAUUUGUUCCCUGAACGGAAACAUCGACUCACUGCCAUUUAUUCGAAGGAUAAGGAGUACUUAUUCGACACGACCUCCGACUGUUUCUGGACGCCGUCGAUACGCUCCCGCAUAGUCCAGUUCAUAUUGGACCGCAAGAAGUUCUCGGAGGCCUCCAGCGAUGACUUCGCGUUCGGUGUCGCGAGACUCAUUGCGAACAAUGUCUAUAGCGCUGCUUAUCCCUUACACGAUGGUGAUCUCAAAACCCCCGGCUCAAUGCGGCAUUUGUUGUACACGGAAUGGGCCAGCGUGUCCAAGUGUAUCAAAUAUCAACCCCUAGAUUAUGUUAAGGACUACUUUGGAGUUAAAAUCGGUCUAUAUUUCGCGUGGCUGGGUUUCUAUACGCAUAUGCUGAUCCCUGCGUCCAUUGUCGGCCUCUGCUGUGUCAUUUACUCCGCUUCUACUGUUUAUUCUAAUACUCCGAGCGAAGACGUAUGCAACUAUAACUCGAGCAUCAAGAUGUGCCCGCAGUGCGAUUACUUCUGCGAGUUCUGGGACCUGAAGGCGACGUGCCUGCAGUCGCGGAUCACGUAUCUCUUCGACAACUCCACUACCGUGUUCUUUGCUAUAUUCAUGAGCUUUUGGGCUGCGUGUUUCCUCGAGCUAUGGAAGCGGUACUCAGCGGAGAUGACGCACCGCUGGGACCUCACCGGCUUCGACGUGUACGAGGAGCACCCCAGGCCGCAGUACCUAGCGAGACUUGCUCAUGUCAAACGGACACAGUUGAACGUGGUAACCGGCGAACGCGAGCCCAUGGUGCCGUUCUGGCGCAUGCGCCUGCCGGCCACCCUGAUGUCGUUCAGCGUGGUCUGCCUGCUGGUGCUGCUGGCGCUGGCCACCGUGCUGGGCGUGGUGCUGUACCGCAUGUCGCUGCUGGGCGCGGCCAUACUGCGCCAGAACAACGCGCUCAUCACGUACAACCCGAUCAUGUUCACGACGGCGACGGCGGCCUGCAUCAACCUCGUGUUUAUAUGUAUUUUUAAUUACAUAUAUCAAUUCCUAGCUGAAUGGUUGACGGAAAAAGAGCUACUUCGCACGCAGACCGAAUUCGACGAUUCGCUAACGCUAAAGAUAUAUUUACUGCAAUUCGUCAACUAUUACGCGUCGAUAUUUUACAUAGCGUUCUUCAAAGGCAAGUUUGUGGGACGUCCCGGGGAUUAUAUACGGCUGUUUGGGCACAGGCAGGAGGAGUGCUCGCCCGGAGGUUGCUUUCUAGAACUUUCAAUCCAACUGGCGAUCAUAAUGGUCGGCAAGCAGUUCAUCAACACCAUAGUGGAGAUGAUGAUGCCGUAUCUGCUCAAAUGGUGGAACGUGAUACGCACUAUCGGCAGGAAGAAUAAGAUUAAAAGCCCGUUGCAGUGGGUAAAAGAUUUUAAACUGGUUGAUUUCGGCAAUAUGGGCCUCUUUCCGGAGUAUUUAGAAAUGGUGCUCCAGUACGGGUUCGUGACGAUCUUCGUGGCGGCGUUCCCGCUGGCGCCGCUGUUCGCGCUCAUCAACAACGUGCUGGAGAUGCGGCUGGACGCCGCCAAGUUCCUCUCGUGCUACCGCCGCCCCGUGCCGCAGCGCGUCAACGACAUCGGCGUCUGGUACCGGAUACUCGACUCCAUCGGGAAACUCAGCAUCAUCACUAAUGGCUUCAUAAUAGCGUUCACGUCGGACUUCAUACCGCGGCUGGUGUACCAGUUCACGACGGGCUCGCUGCGCCAGUACGUGAACCACACGCUGACCGACUUCAACGUGACCGUGCUGGAGCACCCGCCCAUCGGCUCCGAGUAUAGCGAGGCCAUGUGCAGUUACCCUGGCUAUUGGCACUACAAGGAGGGCGAUGAUUACGAACACUCCAACUGGUACUGGCAUGUGAUGGGAGCUAGAUUGGCGUUUGUUGUCGUUUUUGAAAACGUGGUGGCGCUAGUGAUGAUAGUGGUCCGCUGGGCGAUACCGGACAUGUCCGGCGAGCUGCGCGACCGGAUCCGGCGCGAGGCGUACGUCAUCAACAGCUUCAUCAUGGAGGAGACGCGCGCGCGGUCCGUCGCGUCGCGGACCCCGCGCGACGAGAGGGGCCGCGCGGGCGCCGGGGGCCCGGGGCCCGGCUACGUGGCCGGGGCCCCGGGGAUGGGCGGCGCGCAAGGUGACGUAGAAGACACGCACUGGAAUCACAUAGCGUCGCUGUCCGGGUCGGACUUUGACCUGGCCGCGCACGGCGAGCACCAGGACAUCCGGGACCUGGCGCGCCACGUCACGCACGUCACGCACGUCACGCACCCGCACACCGACGCCGCACAGCGCACGCACGUGUGACGCGCCGGCGGGCGCUCACGUGUGCCACGUGUUCCACGUGUCGCAUGAGCUGACGUGUCGACGUGUGGAAUGUGGUAAUUUUAGGUUGUGUUGACGCGUUUUGACACGUGUUGAAGUGAGUCGUGCCUGUUGAUACAUAGCCUAGCGAAUUGGCAUGUGCUGACGCGUGUUGAGAUGUGUUGGCGCGUUUUCAUAUGUCGUGAAAUGUUGUGAGUUGUCCUUGGUAGGGACUUAAGUUAUCAUAGCACACGGCUAAACAAUGUUAAAGAAAACCAUAUGCAAUUAUUGUGGGGUCUAAUUUUUAUUUUAUUUUUUUUUAUUCUGGGCAAGUGGUCUAUAUAAAGAUCAAUAAUUGUGAUUAAAAUGGAAUUCGCUUGCAGAUAUUUCAAUAUUUACGAAAAAGAAGAAACUGAGAUUUAGUUGUAAGUGUUAGUUAACCAUUCAUUAAUUGUUUUUGGGUUGCCAUGUGCCUACUUUGAAUAUAAUUCGAUUUUGAUUAAUCAUUGGAAGUAAAAGAGAAAAGAACAAAGUAAUAUAGUUUAAAUCGGUGUUCAGAAGCUUUUAAGUAAAGUAGGAAAUAGAAAAGACUACAGUUUACUAAGUGAGGGUAGUCAGUAAAAAGUUUAGAAAAUUUCUCGAAGUUUUGGAAAAGUGUGUGUAUAAUGUUAGGCGAUGUUUAGGGUUAUGAUUUUUAUGUAUAUGGAGUAGAAACUGAUGAUAUCUUAUUAAAUAACGACCAAAAUGUACUGAAUAUCAAAACAUGUUCCUCCGUCUCGAAGUGGAAUCUUAUUUCAAUGUACUUAAUACACAUAUCGUGUUUAUUGAGGCAUUACUAACAAUAAUAGUUAAUUAUUAGAAUAACCCUCAAGAGUCUGACGUCGAGAUAUUUUGCCAAAAUACGUUUUUACGUUUGUCUGAAUGUGUGAAAAAAGAAAAGCAAAUAUACGCGAUUAUAUUAUACGAUAUUAAAGAGGAGAUUUUCCUAUUGUUGUGGUAUAAUGUAAAGAAAAGUGUUAUAUAAACUGAUUUUUUUUUUUAAUUUUUCCUUAGUUGUCAUUAAAAAUAUAUGCGAUGGUAAUAAUGAAUCAUGGUAUUGUUUAAUUUAAUUGUAACGUGUAGACGCAAUUGGAUCUAAUUAUGUUUUACUUUUGGUUUAAUUUUUUUUAUUGAUGUGUUUUUAUUUAACUAAUCAAAUUGCGUUAAAACAAAAAAAAAAUGUACGUGUAUGCAAAAAAAAAUUGUGGUUAUUUUUGCCAAAAAUUAUCAUAUAUUUAUUCAUUAUUAUUGUUAUAAAUAAUUCGAAUCUCAUAUAGCUUUUAAAGUAUAAUCAGAAAUAUUAAAUGUAUUUUUUGUAAUUAUAUAAAUUAUUUAAUGUAUGCUCCUUAUUUCGCAUAGAGCAUUAACAAUAUAUCAAAUGUAAUUAUUGAUAAAUACAUAUUAUAUACACGAUGAACUAUUUAUAUAAAUAUGCACAAAAGAAGCUUGGAAAUGUAUAUUUUUUAAAUGUUUUUUAACUUGGUUUUGAGGCUUAAGCGUUUUAUUUCACGGUGCUCGUGCCACGUUCAUGUCAAUUUUAUAUGAGUUUUAUGUUUACUAGUCAUAAGUGAUCAGUGAAGUGAAAUAUAUCAAUAAUAGAGGUUUGAUUUAAUUUAACAAUGCCUUUCUGAAGUUGAUAAAUUAAUAUCUUUUUUAAUUUGGUUGAAAUAUAAGUUAAAGGUUUUAAAUUCAAAACCAAGAAGAUGGCGUCUUUUGCGCUUUAAGUUUCUGAAUCUUUACCUUAAGUUCGGUCAAAUAUAUGUAUAAAAGUCUAAAUAAAAUGUUGUUAUAAUAUUGAACAAUCGACUUCAAACUUUGGUCUGUAGUGUUAAAGAAUUGACCACAAAUCCGUGUAAAGACAAAGUUUUUACUAGAAUUGUGUUUUGUGUAGGGCAUCAUGCUCGUAAAAGACUCGGCUCUAUAUACGAGACAAUAAAACAUUGCCAUCCUAAGCCUGCAGAAUAAAAGUAUACAAUUUAUUUAAAAGCUCCAAUUACAAGUAAAACUAUUUAGUUGGCUGUGUUAUAAGAAAUUUAAAUUAAUUAAUUUAAGAUAAAUAAUAUUACAAUUUAUCAGCCAUAGGCAAAUAUGUUACGAAAUAAAUUUCGUGUAUAUGUUGGUAUCUAUGGUUUGCACAGAUUAUAUAUUGUUCGCUAACUGUUAGUGUUGCCAGUGGAUAGCUUUUGAUGUCCGUUAUUAACCGUUUAACUGGUAUUGUUGAUGUGUAUGUGAGAUGCUUUACAAUUUUUAUGAUCAAUAUAUGGAAAGUUUAAUGAUA